AUGACUCAGUCAGCCUCUUGGGAUGAAGUCCAAUUCCUGGCCAACUUACAAUGGAAUCAGAUCAUUGUCCUCAAGGUCGAGCUGACUGAUCGGAGGACGCUCACCUCCCCGGCGCCGAUCAGCAUCGGCACAUGGCACUUCCGCAGCGUGAAGAAACUACUUGGAGAUGUUGUGGCUCCGAAGCCUGAUGAAGAGGAUGAUGAUCUUGGGGUUGAACGCAACCUGCAGACUUCACAGCCCGCUGACGACGCCAUGGAACCUGUUGCAUUCUUGGAAACGACCUGGAAUUUGGUCUUAGUAUUGGGUCAUGCUAGUGUUGGCUGGGUUGAUGUGAUCAUAGCUUGGCUUCUCCUAGUCGCAAGUGCUGGCAUUCAAAUCACCUUCAGUUGGAUCCUGACGAGCGAAUCUUUUCUCGGAGAGCCAUUUGAUGAAAGACAGGUUGAGACGGCCCUCAGCUGGCGUCGUAGCGUGGCACAUGAUCACACAUACUUAGACUUGGCACAUACAAGUCUGACAUCUCGUGUAUGCAACAAUGAUGGUUCCUUGAUUAUUUCAACUGAACAGGCAGCUCUCAUUCAGCGAAUCAACAGCUUCCUCAACCUUGAGGUGCAUGAGUUGGAAGCAACUGACUUUCGGCUAGGAAUUUUGCUUGCAAUGCUUUGUAUUUUGCUAUGGUGUCUUUAUCUUUGCAAUGAAUUUCGCACAAUUUUCCUCUCCUUGGAAGCAGUUGCGCAAAUUCCUCGCAGACCAAAGACGACUUUUCAGAAUGGACGCUUCGAGACGAUCUCCUUUGCAAGAUUCUGGGCAUAUUGCCUGUUGCGCAUCCUUCGUGCCUGUAUUGCCGGGACCUUGCUUUAUGCAGGUAUUUUGUGGCUUGGAAGCACCACGUCCAUUACGGACCUUAUCUUGAACGCUGUUGCCUUGGGAGCAAUCUUGGAAGUUGAUGCCAUGGUUUUCUCAGCUUUGAUGCCAAAGAAGCUGCAGCUGAAAGUACAGGAUCUCGAAGCCAUUAAGGUCCAGUACAGCCGAUGUCGGAGUCAAACCGAGUCACUGUGCAUUCUUGUGAUUUUGGCAGCACUCUUGGCAUGGCCAUGGUUUGUCCUUGUGCAGCCUUUGGGGCAAACAAUGGAAGCUGUGAAACAGGCUCACUGUGGUGGGCAUCAAGACUUUGUCAUUGGACUCAACAAAGAUCAGAACAUGCCCGUAGGCUUCCAGUCCAUUCCAUUCAACAGAAGUGCUGACAAGACUUUGACUCAAUUGGCAGUUGACGACUACCUUUUCAAAGAAGACAUUCAAGCAACCUACAUCACUUUCCAUUCUGACAUUGGCCGCUUCCAGAAAUAUCAGACACAGACAAUGAAGGAAGCAGCUUCUGAACAUACUUGGUGUGCUGAUCUCGAUAUCUUCUUCCAAGCUGGCUCUGAAUUCGUGGAUCCCAGACAUGCAGAGACAGCUUCUUACUACCGGCCCCAUUUCAUGUCAGCUAUUCUCGGCCUUGGCUUUCCAAGCAACAGCUCGUGUGCGGAUAUGCAGGAGAAAUGUGAUGAUCCAAAUGGCCAGUUGCUGAGAUACGUUUGUGGGCAGACAUGCUGCUCAAAUCCGCUGGGUAGUCCUUGGUUUAAAGUUCCUGCAAAAGGCUGUCCAAUCACGUGCCUCGCUGAAGCUGGUCAAUUUGGAGCGUGCAAGGACCAGACUAGUCAGGUGGGUGGUCAGAUGGCCUGGAAGAAGUUUUGGAAUUCUUAUCCAAGCAUCCUUGAAGCAGAACUUGGAGAGGCUCUCAAUCUCGAGUCAGAAAACUCAUCCUUGGCAGCAAGUGUGAAGCAAGUCACUGAUGCUAUGAAAGCUUAUGGUUGUUCUGCUUUGGGUAUUCCAUCUUUGCAAAAGGAACUCGUGAUGUCACAAUCGUGGUGCGAAGGCUAUGAAGAACUCUGGGCUCCCCUAGCUCGUUUGUGUCCUGAAACAUGCGGAUGCACAAAUUUGACGAAUCCAUCGGAGGUGCCUGCGGCAUGUCCUGGAGGAUGCCUAUGCCUUGAUCAAACAUUUCCGGCCAUUGGCCCCAUUGCAAAUUGCACAGAUGGGCUUGCAGCUGGCUGGUGUGUGGCUGCUGAGUUUGUGCAGCUCUGUCGGAAAUCUUGUGGAGCAUGUUGA